AUGGCGACCGCCGUACUACCAGGAUCUUUGACACUCAGUCAACCUCAGGACAAAUACAUCUAUUCGCACUCAUUCAUUAGUCUCCUCCAGACCAACGACCCACCUACUAACCCAGAUGCCACUCGCACGAUGAUGGCACAAGCAGCCGACGAUAUAGCUGUUGCAGAAAGGAAGAUAGCAUCCCUUCGGUCUCAGAUCAUGGAAAAGGAGGCAGAGAUUUACGCCUUGCGUCAAGUUAUUGACGACUGCACCGCUGUACUCUCCCCCAUACGCCGUCUGCCAACCGACCUCGUCCUGGAGAUCUUUCGCUUUGUCGUCCCAGAAAGGUAUAACGUUUUCGACAUUACUCGUGGACCGUGGCUCGUUACACGCAUAUGCAAACGGUGGAGGACCUUGGCAUGCACAUACGGUGCCCUCUGGUCAUCAGUACAUAUCACAAACAUCGCGUCCCGUGCCACAAUACGCUCCCUCAAUGAACCCGUCAUGCUGCUUCAAACUGCUCUGGGGCGAUCUAGCACGUUUCCUCUUUCAGUAUGGUUCGAAUAUGGAACCAAGAAGAAAUGGUCAGACUACGCGAAUUUCGAAGAUGAAUACGAUUCGGAAGACAGCUUGUCAUCGACGGACAGUGACAAUGGAGAGUUCAGUGCGUCAAUAGAUGGCGAAGAUGACGAUCAAGAGGACAGCAACGAAGAGGAAAGCGAUUACGAAAGCACUGUCGACAGUGUCGAUACGAUGGUCGACCGCCAACUUGUGAAAGUGCUCAUACAGCACUCUCACCAGCUGCAAUAUCUAAAUAUCGAGGUAGCGAGCCCUUCCAUACUGAAAUGCCUCCGUUCACUACACGGACGGCUGGACCGUCUGGAGAAAGUGCACAUAUCCUUGCCCUGGGAUGCACGGGAUCACAAUGAGCUCCAAGAAGCCUUCACCCUUGCACCCAAGCUUUGUUCUGUUCGUCUGAAUGGACUCUCCUUAGAAAGCGUGCUCAACUUCCCACUCAUCCAACUCAAAUCCCUCGACCACCAGCCCCAGAGAAUGUAUGCGGAUGUAUGGCUGUCGACAGUCCAAACCAUCCUCCUUCAGGGGUCUCAUCUGACAGACUACGCGCCCCCUUCACCCCCGAAGCCAUACGAUAGUAACAUGCCUUGGCUCUGCAGUUACUCGAUUCGUACUUUUCGUGUCAAUGCUUGGUAUGUGCUCGACUACUUCCAUCUCCCAGGAAUCGACGAGCUACGCAUCCGCCACUUCGGGUGGGCACGUGAUCAAAGUGCAGGAGACACUCUGGCAGCCUUCAUCCAGCGUUCAGGAUGCACUUUGAAGAAACUCCACAUCCGAGGUAUUCCAGAUAGCAUCCUCUCGGCAUUCCCGUCUCUCCACAACAGCCUUGUCGAGCUCGAAAUCACGGUCACUCAUUCGAACGAGAGGCUUCUGUCAGGGCUAAGCGCCUUCAUGCGUGCACCUGGUCAUUUUUCGCUUCUAUCAAGACUCGAGAUAAAAUGUUCGAAUGAGAUUUCCUGGUACCCUGAGGUGCUUUAUGAUUCUUUGAAGGAAAUUUACGCUUUCGUCGACGGUCUGUGGAGUGCAAGAACGAAGGUGCGGGUUGAAGUCUGCAUCGACACAUCUCGUUUUGAUGUCCAUCGAGUAUGCAACGUUGCGAAAUUCAAGCAUCUACUAGAUGAAGGAAUGGAUAUCGCCAUUUUUGCGGUGGGCAAAAGCAAGUCUUGGGAAGACACUACCAGUGAAGAAGAGGAUGAUGUUUUGGACUUGCGUAACGUUCUUCUUGAGGAAGACAACAGUAGUGACUGA